GACACUGCUAUGUCAACGCACUGUCACCGACGAUUGUCAAUUGCAACCGGUGCUGCUUUACUGGCCUCAUAGGCAGACUUUACUGAAGUUUACUGACUCCUUACUGACUGGCUCAAGUGCUGCAGUAGCAUAAUAGUGGCCCUGGCAGUUCUUGCUGUCGCUUCUUGUCUUGGUAGCUGUCCUAGGAGCGCCUCCUGUCCCUCAUUCUGACUCUCAGGACCUGCUUGUGAGAGCCAGGAUCAAGCGCUGACCGAACUCCCACCAUCAACCCAACGGCCACCGAAUUGACCAAGUUCUCAAGUAAACCAAGACGACGUGAAGCCAGUUGGAGAUCUACUGAAAGGACCGGGUGAUAUCAGCUUACUCACAAUGGCGGCAAACGGCACGGGAACGACCAGUGCGACCAUGGCAACCAGCACGCUGCACGGCAUGAACACCUUGGCGCCGCUGCCCGUCAAGCCGGAGAUGACGGCCGGAACGUCCGUCGUCACGUCGCCGUCCAUGCCGGCGUUGUCGUCCGCAGCCGGCGCUGCCGCACCUGCACCAGCGCCCGCGGCAACGGCAACAGCAACUCUCACAACGUCGGCAACACCGGCCGCCGCGAAUGCGGACACUAAGAGUAAAGGCAAGGAGAGUAAGAGCUCGUCCAAGGCUGCUGCUGCUGACGGCAAUGGUGCUGCUGGAGCAACGGCGGAGGAGAAGAAGAAGAACAAACGCUGUAUGUUCCAAAAAGACGUGGUCAAGACGCUCAAGCACUGGCUAUCACAAAACUUCGAGAAUCCGUAUCCAACUGAAGAUGAGAAGAAACAACUGGCCAGCCACACUGGCCUCACACAACUACAAGUCAACAACUGGUUUAUCAAUGCCCGUCGCCGUCUAGUGCAACCCCUCGUCGAGAAAUAUAAUAAAGAUCAUCCGGGUGCAACACCGCUACCCAGCGUGCAGGAUGCGCAGAAGAAUCGCCGCCGGCGACAGGUCAACCGAGACCCGUCGCUCACGAGUCCGGCGAAGAUGGGCAAGUUCGAUGGCCUGAGCCCGGGAUCGCACAUCGCAAUGCCCGGCAUGGGCAGCCCGCAGGCGAUGCAGAGCCCCCACGUUCCGCCUGGCCACGGUCCAAUGCAAGUGGCCCAGGGUGGCAUCGCCAUGCAGUCGCCCAGCCAGUCCAUGGCAGCACCGAUGAACGCGUUCAAUCCGCAGUUGCUCACCAUGCAGCCGGCAAUCUUCGCCGGCCAGCCACCAGCCGGCGCCAUGAAUGUACAACAAACCGCUUUCUGGGACCCAGCUCACUCCUAUCUGCAACCGACGGCGAUGUCUUUCUUGCCGACCGCCCAAGGUCAGGCCAUCGACACUACCAUGGGUCAAAUGGUGCCCACCCACAGCUGGACACCCACGCCAACCAGUAACUAUGGAAGCAAGAUGAAGUAAACUGCGGACGGCGCAUGAUGUGAAUACGUACGUGUCUUGGAGCCGAUUCUGAACGUGUGAUGAUGUGGAACAACUAGGUGCGAUGUAGAACUGCUGCGUGUUUGUGUCCGUGUGUCACAACAAUCAGACAUCUGUCACCUAGUGACGUGGCUUGUUGCAUAAUGUAGUUUGAGAACAGUCUUUGGCAGAACAACUGUACAGACGGUGUUGCAAAUACGACGGAAGGUAAUGAUUCUUCAGUUGACCCGUAGUACUCCGGUACAGUGGGUCUAGCUCCUCUUCGUUCUUGUGAGUUUGGAGCCAUGCAUUCACGUGGAUAUAGGAUUUUGGCCGUGCAUUCAGUGACCAAGCCCUUCUUCGCCUUCGUCUUUUUGGGGUUGCACAAAGUUGACAAAGUAUUUCCUAUUCGUGACAGUUUGAAAUUUCUAUAAUCUUUGCUGUGAGGCGUUUCUAUUCUGAAUAUUUUUUUUCGUUCUUUUGUUCAGUUAUCUCCCUUUUGUAUUCCAGUCCAUGAGGUAGGUACAUGGAGUGGUUUUUAAGAGAACUUUAUCUUUUCGUCAAAGGUGAUUUCCUGUCCUUCACUAUUAUUUGUAAGAGUUCUACGUACUUCAGGGAUGCAAGCCUGUGCCCCGUGUGCAUCCUUGAUUCUCUACAGAUAUAGUAGUUAUUAUCCGCGUCCCAUAUUAUUAUUAUUAUAUUCUCCCCCCGCUGACUGCAGUGUUUUAAAUUGUCAGAGAAGAGGAUUGUUUUGCUGUGAAUGUGAUGUACAUGUACAUGUACUCGAAGUACACAGAAGGAAGAGUACGAUUAUAAACACAA